UGUGUGUGCUUAUAGAAGAGAGUUUUACAUUGCAAACAAAUAUCCCCAUAUAUCCUUAUAAUAACAAACGUUAUUUUGAUAGGAAAGACCCCUCCAAUUAUAAAGAGGGGGGCAAACAUCUAUAUAGUUGAGUGGAAAUUCCCUGUAUUGAAAAUGUAGCUCGAAGAGACUGAAAGACAGAAGGAGGCAAAACCAGAAACAUUCCCAGUCUACCUGGGGUUUACCUAAAGAAGUAAUGCACUGAUAGCAAUCCGUCAGGCAAACACUCCAAGCAGGUGGAGUCAAGAAAGCUGACACGUGACAAGGUGCAGACUUUUUAUAGAGGUGUGCUUGGAUAAGAAAACACAGUCUCUUAAAAGUCUUUGCAGUUGAUUCAGCUGUGUCCAAACAGAGUUUUGAAUAGAAAAUUGGAUAUUUACCAUGAUGGACAGUGGACAGUGGGAACAUCUGAUUGAUGUUCUCAGUUGGGUAUACAUAGGGUCACUCAUUCCCAGCGUGAUUGGGAGUAUUUCUGUCCUGGUGGUUUCCAUAGUUAGAUGGAGGCAUCUAAAAGAACAGGUGCACGUCCUGGUGCAGCUCGCCUUGGCAGAUCUCCUGGCUGCUCUGAUCCUGAUGGCUACCAGUGCCAUGAACAAAGUACACACCAGUACCAGUGUGCGCAACGCCAUCUGCCCGUAUAGCCUGCCACUGUCUUUGACAUUUUACUGUAUUUCAUUUCUGCUGGUGGUGGUUUACGCAUGGCAGUCGAGGAAUGCAGUCAAAGGGUGGAGAGCAAGACCCGCAGAGGAUGAGGGUGGACAGAGUCUAGUCACUCUACCUGUCUAUGCUAUUGUGUGGUUGAUCCCCAUUUCGAUAUACUUAGCAUAUGUUCAUAAGCUUAGUCAAUUUCCGACCAGUGACCGAUCAAGCAUCAAAAACUGCAGUUGCAUUUUGUUCUUGCAACAAUUCACCAACGAUUCAUGCUCUGGGAAAAUACAUGACAUUUUCAUCCAAGUCUUUCUUGUCUCCGUUGUGAUACCAGUGAUAUUGACGUGCUCUGUAAUUUACCAUAAGGUUGGUAAAUGGUAUAAAAGACAGCAGGAGCAGGAGGGGCUUUUUCCUGUGGAGGGAGAUGGACGUUCAAGAAGGAGAUUGAAAAGAAUGAUUUCUACAGCAAGAAAUAUGGUUAUGGUCAUCUUUUUCUGCUGGAUGCCAGCUGUAGUUCUCAUCCCCAUUCUGCUGUCUACCCAUGAUGUUAAGCAGAACAUCCUAUUUGUCCUUUUGGUGAUACAGGCUGUCACUAUGUCCUUGCAAGGAUUCCUGAACAGUAUGGUUUACGCCUGGAGUCGGCCCAACUUCACGGAGGCUGUUCUUGGGGAGAAAACACCCCUGGUGACAUACGACCAUCAGGCUUUUUUUGAUGAAUCACUCAGGACCUCGGCGUGUUGAUUCACACUUGCACACUGAGAGACAGUGUUGACUGUUGUUUGUUUGCAACAAUGCACUGGCCUGAGGAAGACUGACUGCACACUUCAUGAAAGUUUUGACUGAAACAUAGAACAUUCUCAUUUGCAGACUGAAGAUAAAAAAAAGAAAUAGAAGAAAAAAAAAGAUGAAGGAAACAAGCAUGAACUCCAUGCACUGUAUUUCAUUCCAGCUGCUGAAUUUGUGCAUGGAUGCAACAAAGUCAUAGUGAUAUAUGUUUUGGUAAAAAAUUAUAUUUUAUUAUGUUUUGUCAUUUAUAUUUAUAUUUUUCGAUAAGAUGUUUUUUUUUUAAGAUUGUUUUUUUUUUUUUACAUUUCUGAUCUGUUUGAGGGGAGUCAGGAAAUGCUGGGAGAAAGGUGUGAUGACAUGCAGCAGAGGGCUUGAGCUGGUGACCUACUGGGGUAGGGGCCCUUAAUAAGGCUCUCUUUAUCCUUCUGUUUCAUUAUUGAUUUGUUAUUCAGCAUCUUUUUAGUGCUCUGUAGUUCAAGACAAGAAUGGUGGAAAACCUGUCUGUGCACUCUUCAGCCAUUGUCAUUUCAGAAGCACGUGUCUGUUAUGAUGACAUAACAGUCUGUGGAGAACACUGUAUGGGAACAGUGAGGAAUGCGCUGAGUAAUUGCAGACUGAGGAAGGGACACAAUUUAUGCAUUGUCAUGUCUGUGUGUAAGUACAACUCUGAACAUGAUCUCAUAAAAAUAUUGUGUGGUUUUGUGACAGAGCUCACUUAAAAGGCAUGUCUGCUGCUGUCUGAUUGUUU